CGCCGGUUUUGGGGGGGGGGGGGGGGGAUGGGACGGAGAGAGCGGGGACCCCCCCUAAGGAAAUUGGGAGACCCUCCCCCCAAUUUGGGAUAUCCCCGGUCUUGGAUUUGGGAUGGGGGAGGAGAUGACGGCGAUGGAUUGGGGGGGAGGCGGCGGCUUUGGGGGGGGAGGGGCGAGGAGAGAGCGGGGACUCCCCCUCAAAAAAUUUGGGAGGCUCCCCCCCCCCAAUUUGGGAUACCCCCGGGUUUGGAUUUGAUUUUGGGGGCUGAGUCCGGAGCAGCUGCGCGACCCCCCGAGAUCCCCCCGAGAGCAGUCCCCCUGGAAGCCCCCAUGGAGCAGGAGGAGCCGGACGUGGUGGAGCUGCAGGACUCGGACGAGGGGGACGUGGUCCGGAGGGUCUUCAUUGCUGACGACGGCAUCGUGAGCGAUGGCGAGGCCGAGGUGCUGCCGCACGAGAUCAUCCGCACGGUGAUCCCGCACAGCCCCCUGCGGCCGCCGCCGCCCCGCAGCACCCCCGGCCCGGCCCCGGGGGGCUCUGAGGAGGGCGGGGGGGCGGCGGGGUGGGGGGCCGCCAGCGCCCCUUCAUCUGCAACGAGUGCGGCAAGAGCUUCAGCCACUGGUCCAAGCUGCUGCUGGCACCAGCGCACGCACACAGGCGAGCGGCCCAGCACCUGCGGCGAGUGCGGCAAGAGCUUCUCGCAGAACUCGCACCUGGUGCAGCACCGCCGCACGCACACGGGGGAGAAGCCGUACCGCUGUGGCCACUGCGGCAAGAGCUUCUCCUGGAGCUCCAACCUCAUCCAACACCAGCGCAUCCACACCGGGGAGCGCCCGUACGGCUGCGCCGAGUGCGGCAAGAGCUUCACGCAGAGCAAGAACCUCAUCAAGCACCAGCGCACCCACGCCGGGCCAGGGGCAGCGCGGGCCGCGGCGCUGUGCCCACCCCACGGGCGCCCCGAGGGCGCUGAAGGGGCCGCGGGCCGAGGGCGAGGGGCCCGCAGGGGGCGAGGGCCGCGGACAGGAGCCUCUGAUCUGCGUGGAGUGCGGGGGAGAGCUUCGCGAGGAGUGCCGCGCUCAGGAGACACCGCCGGGGGGCACCGCCCGCUCUUCGUGCCGUGAGGGGACGGUGUGGGGACAAUGGCACUGGGGCACAGGGACUGUGACAAUGCCCUGGCACCACCCGGGGCACCGCCCACUCUUCAUGCCCUGAGGAGACAAUGGCACCGAGAUGUGGAGAGACAGUGGGAAGAUGCCCCAGCACCACCUGCUCUUCCUGCCCUGAGGGGACAUGGGGACACUGCAGAGAGGGCACGGGGAUAGUGGGACAAUGCCCUGGUACCGGCGGGGACACUGCCUGCUCUUUGUGCCCUGAGGGGACAUGGGGACAGUGGCACCGGGAUGUGGGGACAGUGGGACAAUGCCCUGGCACCACCUGCUCUUCAUGGCCUGAGAGGACAAUGUGGGGACACUGUGGAGGGACACAUGGACAGUGGGACGCUGCCAUGGCACCGCCCAGGACACCACCUGCUCUUCGUGCUCUCAGGGGAUCUGGGGACACCCGCGGAGGGGACACACGGACCAUGGGACAAUGCCCUGGCACCGGCAGGGAUUCCGCUCUCGCUCUUCGUGCCCUGAUGAGAUGCGGGGACUGUGACACAGGGACAGCAUUGUGAAGGAACAGCGGGACACUGCCCACUCUUCAUGCCCUGAGGGGACAUGGGGACACUGUGGAGGGGACAAACUGGCAGCGGGACACUGCCCCGGCAUUGCCUGCUCUUUGUGCCCUGAGAGGACAUGGGGACAGCGGGACAAUGCCCUGGCACCAGAGGGGGCACAACCCUGCUCUUUGUGCCCUCAGGGGAUGCGGGUACACUGUCAUGGGGACAUUGUGGAGGGACACACAGGCUUUUCAUGCCCUGAGGGGACAUGGGGACAUUGCAAAGGGUCACUGGGGAGAGCAGGACAAUGCCCUGGCACCAUCCGUUCUUUGUGCCCUGAAGGGAUGUGGGGACAAUGUCAUGGGGACACACAGGCAGUGGGACACUGCCUUGGCACUGCCCGCUCUUGGUGCCUUGAGGGGACACACGGACAGUGGGACACUGCCCUGGCACCACCCACUCUUCAGGCCCUGAGGGGACGCAGGGGAUCGUGCUGUGGGCGGGGGACACAUGGGGACACAUGGACACUGUCCUGGCACCAGUGGGGACACCGCCCACUCUUCAUGCCCUGACGGGACAUGGGGACACAUGGAUAGUGGGACACCCCAGUGGGGGACACAUGGGACAGGGGGCAUGGUGCCACCAUGCCAGGGGACACAGGGAGCGUGCCAUAGGCAGGACAUGGUAAUAGAGAUGGGGACACACGAGUUGUGCCACGGGUGAAGGGACAUGGUGACACCAAGCUGGGAGACAGUGGGGGACACCUGGACUGGGACAGGGGCAGGACACGGUGACACCAAGGGGGAGGACACA